AUGGUAAGGGAAACUGAAUGGACACCUCGAUUAUUAUGCCUUUUAUUAUUGCUUCUUUUAUUAUUAAUAUUAUUUUUCAUUUUGCUUGGUAUUAUCUUAACUGCGAUUUUCGGUUCAUAUUCGGUUGAACGCAUAAUUUUACAUCCACCGAUAUGCGACAACUGUAAGAAGAAUGGAUUUUUCGAGCAAACUCCAAGCACUCUUUACGUCCAUUAUUACAGUCCAUCACAAGGUUAUAUUGCUAUAGCUGAUCACGCAUUAACAAACACUGAAGGAACACAUACAACAUGCUUUAUAAUGCCUCUCGAUCGUUCUGCGCUGCCAAGCAUGGAAGCCUUGAAAGAUGCUUUAAAACAUAAUGAGGUACAAUCAGAAUUUGGUUGGCAGCAAUACUGGCAAUACCAAGCCGAACCAAUUGAUGCGAGUAUGGCUCAAAGAAAAUUUUCAUCUCCCAUCCAAGAUUGUGAGCAAGCAAAGUGGUAUUUGUUGGUGCAUACUCUCUAUACGAAAGAUGCGAGCUGCUCUGAUUGUUACGAUUUUUGCCUACCAGAUUAUAGUAUUCAGCGACUUCAUAAAUAUGAAGAUGAUAUGACAAUAGGUAUAAGGCGUCUUAAUUGCUUUAGAUUUUAUGUGCCUGAAUGGUCAAAAUUUCAAAUUCGUACGGACAGCGAUGGCGGACGCUGGUCUUAUCCUAAAUCUAAAUCCAGUUGA